AUGGUUGCCCUCAAGUCCUGCUUGCUCUCGCUCUUGGCCGCCGCCCUCGCCGCCGCCGCCCCGGUCGAGCCGGUCCAGGAGCGCGCCACCUGCGUCUAUCACUGCGGUUCUGUCUGCUAUUGGCAGGAGGACAUUGACAACGCUCUCAACCAGGGCGUCUCCUUGCAUAACUCUGGCAGCACCCUCGGCCACGGGAGCUACCCUCACGAGUAUCGCGACUCGGAGGGCUUCGACUUCCCCACCAGCGGUCCGUGGUACGAGUUUCCCAUUCUCUCGAGCUACCAGGUCUAUUCCGGCGGCUCUCCCGGCCCGGACCGCGUCAUCUUUGACGAUAACGGGCAGUUUGACGCGCUGAUUACCCACACUGGCGCCAGCGGGAACAACUUUGUUGCCUGCAGCCAGGGCUGA